AACAAAAGUUGUUCAAAAUAGUUGAAAAGUUAAAUGUUAAAAUAUAAAACAAUAGGCUUAGUAUAAUAAAUAAAUUGUGCUACUACAAUAAUUUCGUAUAGAUAAGAUAUCGUUCCUACGAAUGAAGUAACUUAGUGUGUUAACCUAUAAAGUUUGUUGUUUGAAAAAAUGUUUUCGAUUUGCCGGCAAACUCAUCCCGCAACGGGAAUUGAGCAUGCUGUUAGCUGUUGUUUCUUCAACAAUGAUGAGAGCUGUUUGGUUACCGCCGGCGCCAAUAUAAUCAAAGUCUUUCGGCUGGUACCUGAAGGGCAUACGAAAGAAGUUAACGCUGCUGGCCAGCCUAUACCACCUAAGAUGAAGUUAGAAUGUCUGGCAACAUAUACAUUAUGGGGCAAUGUAAUGUCCAUAGCAUCAGUGAAAUGUGUAAGUGCAGGGCGGGAUAUACUGCUGCUAUCAUUCAAGGAAGCCAAGCUGUCAAUAGUACAAUAUGAUCCACAGAUAAAUAAUUUAGUAACACUCAGUAUGCAUUACUUUGAGGAGGAUGAUAUGAAGGGUGGCUGGACAACCCAUCCCCAUAUCCCAUGGAUACGAGUAGAUCCAGAAUUCCGUUGUGCUGUGAUGCUAUUGUAUGGGAAGAAGUUAGCUGUGUUGCCGUUCAGAAAAGAUAUCACAUCAGAAGAAGGAGAUCCACUGGAAGCUAAACCUUUGGUUGAUAGUAAAAAGAAUCAACCAAAUCAACAAAUAACGAAAUCGCCAACCCUAGCAUCAUAUGUGAUAGUGCUUAAAGAUCUAGAUGAGAAAAUAGACAAUAUUCUAGACAUUCAGUUCUUGUAUGGAUAUUAUGAACCUACUUUAUUGUUAUUGUAUGAACCAGUAAGGACAUUUCCGGGGCGACACUUGACUGCACUAUGCGACACUAGACGGUGCAAGAUGGAACAAGGCGGUACUAGGCGAUACUUCGGGAUGUGUGUGAUAGAAGAAGACUUCCUAUUCCUCGGUUCUCGUUUGGGCAACUCGUUGCUGUUGCGUGUGACAGAGAGAGAGAAUAGAAUGUUGUUCUCUGUUGACAAACCUCUGGAGGCUACAGUUGAUCUCACCAUGACUGAAAAUGACAAAGAUACCCCCAUAACUGUAAUAAGCACAAGUAAUAAAGAAGCAGCACAGAAGGAUGCUCAAGACCCUGCUGCUAAGAAGCGAAGACUUGAUACGAUCAGCGACUGCCUACCCACUAAUGUUAUAGAGAUUAGUGAUAAAGAUGAAUUGGAAGUAUACGGCUCUGAUAUACGGACGUCAACACAACUUACCAGCUAUGUGUUUGAGGUGUGCGACUCUCUGCUCAACAUCUGUCCUAUCGGGGACAUCUCAAUGGGGGAGCCGCAGCUGGUGGGGGAGGAGGAGAGACGCGAGGGCGCGGAGCUGGAGCUGGUCGCGUGCAGCGGCCGCGGGAGUUGUAUCGACAUGUGGACAGUGAUAGGAGAGAGCGAAGGCCGCGAGGCGAGAGACGCCGAGGGCUCGCAUGCGUAUCUUAUACUAACACAAGAAGAUUCUAGUAUGAUCCUGCAAACGGGUCAGGAGAUCAACGAGGUGGAUAACUCAGGGUUCAUGACUGGCGCUCCCACCGUGUUCGCUGGCAACCUCGGGAACAACAAAUACAUGGUGCAGGUCACAACUACCGCGAUACGACUUAUUAGAAACGGCGUGCAGCUGCAGUCGAUCCAGUUAGAGUGGGCGGCGGCGAGCGCGGCCGUGGCGGACCCCUACCUGUGCGUGCAGUCCGCGUGCGGCCGCGCCACCGUGCUCGCCCUCAGGGAGCUUCGCCCCCGAGACCCUAUGUCCGCCCGCCUGGCGCCCACGCGGCAGGGCGUGCCGGCGCGCCCGGCGCUGGUGCGCGCCGUGCCCUACCGAGACCUCAGCGGCUUGUUCACUUCCACUGACGUUAUAGAGAAUGUACAAGUGAAAGGUGAAUUCUCAGGUAAGAUGAAAGGUAAGAAUGUGAAAGCGGAAGGUUUCAAACCUGGUGCAGUAUACGAGCUGAAUGAUGAAGACGAACUGCUGUACGGAGGAGAUCAGACACCUGCUUCUAUGGCUAGUGUGAGUAUAAGCCACUUAAUAAUUCACUAUAUAAGUCACGACAACGGCAACCUGGAGCUCUACUCGCUGCCCGAGAUGCGGCUCUGCUUCCUCGUCAGGGACGUCUGCGCGGGCCACAGGAUAUUAGCGGAUAGUUUGGAAUCAGUGCCGAUAGCGACCAGUUCAAUGGACGAGGAUGAAUUCUCGACAGGAAACCGUAACGCAGCAGUCGAUAAGUUAAAGGAAAUGCUUAUUGUGGGCUUAGGACAUAAAGCCACGAGAGUAUUAUUAUUAUUACGUAUGGAAGGAGAACCACUUAUGAUAUAUCAGAAGAAGGCGAAUAAUAAUAAAGGAGAUAGGUUCCCGUACCCGAUGCAGGAGAAGUUCUCUGUGAUGCUGUUCUCGCCCGUCUCCUGGGAGGUGAUCCCUAACACCAAGAUCGAGCUGGACGACUGGGAGCAUGUCACAUGCCUCAAAAACGUGGCAUUGUCAUACGAAGGCACCAGAUCCGGUUUAAGAGGUUAUAUAGCGAUAGGAACUAAUUACAAUUAUGGAGAAGAUAUUACAUCUAGAGGAAGGGUAUGUACUUUUUUAAAUUUUAAUUUAUUCGUUCUUUGCUCGCGAUGUCAUCCAUAUACCCCACCUUAUAAUACAAAAAGAUGUCUGUCUCUAUGUCUGUCUGUAUGUGUGUCUGUGUGCGCAGGGCAGCGGCUGAUCCGCAAGGGCGACUACCACGUGGGGCAGCAGGUGCACGCCAUGUUCCGUAUCGCGGCGCGCGCGCUGCCAGAGACCACGCACCGCCGACACGUCACCAUGUUCACGACGCUGGACGGCGGGCUGGGCUACGUGCUGCCGGUAUCGGAGAAGGCGUACCGGCGGCUGCUGAUGCUGCAGAACGUCAUGAACAACUACUGCUGCCACAUCGCCGGACUCAACCCCAGAGCUUUCAGGUAUGCUGGAAAACAUCAUAAACAUAACCCUAAUUUAGACGGGGACCUCAUCUCGCUGUUCACCAGCAUGCCCAGCGCAGACAGGCACGACAUCGCAAAGAAAAUCGGUACGAAAGUGGACGAGAUAAUGUCGGACUUGUACGAGAUAGACAGACUGACCGCCCAUUUCUAGAUUAUAUAAGUCGUCAUUUGUAUAUAUAUUAUUUUAAUAAAUACUUAAGGAACUA